AUCUGGACAACAAAAUACUUGGAGGAGUUUAAACCGGGGCAGCAGUUAGGAAUCUCAGCAGACGGACGGAUUUCUUCAACAUGAAUCCUGCUCUGGUGGUGUUAGUGUCGUCUAUGCUGGCCACAGUGGCAGCUCAGUCUCAUGACCAUCAUGACAUGGCCUGGGUCAACAGCUACCGGCAGGGCUUCAACUUCCAGUGUCCCCACGGAGAGGUUCUCGUGGCCAUCAGGAGCUACUUCAGCGAGCAGGAUGGCUCAGACCGCUUGUGGACAUUUGAGUGCCAGCCCACACCUGAGGGUCUGGGUGAGCCCACUGACUGCUGGUGGGACGACAUCAACCGUGCUGGGUUGGAGUGGACUUCAACGUGCACUCGCAAUGGCCUGGUAGCGGGUGUACAAAGCAAGUACUUUGAAUCUGUUCUUGACCGGGAAUGGCAGUUCUACUGCUGCUAUUACAAACGCCGCUGUCCCUACUCCUGCAUGAAGACCACCGACGUUCCUGAAUACUACAGAGAAGAAGGAGAGCUGGUGGUCCCUAGUUAUGGCUACUUCAUCCGAGGUGCCCAGACCACCUUCAGCGGAGUGCUAAGAGAUCGGCAGUGGAAGUACAUCCUGUGCAGAAUGACAGACUUUGACUGUGAAUUUGAAAAUCUGUAGAUCCAUAUCCAUAAACACUUUUAACUACAAAUACAUAUUUACUCCAAAAACAUAAUACUGACAUUAUACAAAAGUAGAAUGACUCAUAUUUUUGUUGACGUAUUUAGAUGAAUGGCUCUACCACAGGCAUGUCAUAUAUGCCUGUAUAAUCAAUGUUUUUUAGUUUAGCAUGAAAAAUGCCUGCUCAUAUAAAGGGAACUGUUAAAUAAACAUCAACACAGAGGGUCUACGGGGGAUUUGGGGAUUUUUUGAGGGUUGUGUUACGAAGCAAGAUUAAUGUGUUGGCGAGGUAUGUUGAUCCUAAAGCCAGAGUUUUGAAUGGCACGAAGGUGGCUCUGUUUUAACUCGACUAGAUCGCCAUGGUUACUUAUGCUGCACACCUAACCAGCUCUGGAGGAGGUUGAGAUCUAAAUCAGAUUCUCAGCUGAGGGGAUUCGUUAUAUGGAAACCUAUUGAGCUGUAUGUUAGUAUUAGCACAGAAUGAAGCCGUGUUAACUGUAUGCUUCACGUUGGUCCUGAUUUGCUGCCAAGUUUAUUUUACACUGCUGGUAAUAGAACACCAGUUUGAAAAUGUAUUACUCUAUUGGAAUUUAUCAUAGAUAAUAUUACAUAAAUGAAAUGAAUUUCACUCUGAUUCAGCCAAAAAGUAAUGUGAUUUCCACAUCCGUCGUAUAUUAUGGGACAGACCUACGACCAAUUCUUGAGCAUAAUGCUUAAAUAUGCUGUAUCAAGUUUAAAGGUUAAGAGCUCUACCAUGUGCAGUUGUCACUGAGACAUUGAGAGUGCAUUGAGUCAAUCAGCAAUUUCCUGCCAGCCUCUCUUGCCUUGUUUGCAGCAACUGUUGCUUUUUGUUGUAAUAAUUAUUUUAUAUUCGUCAUAGCUCUCCAUUAUAACGACAUGUUCCUCAUGACAGAAGUAGGCGGCACACAAUUGGUCAAUUUUAUGCGGAAGAAGAGUCGAAUUAAGUGUCAGACAUCCUCUUUUAUAGGAAUGUGCACAGAAAGUGAUGAACAAAACCUGGGUUAGCAAAGAUGAAUGGAGAUUUUAGGUUUUGCUGAGCCAGCUAACGCAAAGAAAAGCUUGGCUAGUCAAAAUUGCUUCGUAGUACACCCCUCAGACACAUCAGACGGCUUAAGUGUUUUAUUUGCAAGAGGAACUGGUCCUUUGGUAGGACGUGAAAGUGUUUUUUUCAAAACAAACUCGAUUAUUUGAUGGUGUGGUCAUGGUGGUGGAAACACUGUGUCAGGUUCUGCUCUGAGAUCUCUUAGUCGGGGUCACAUGACCAUGGUGGCCAAAUAAAAAUAAAACCAUUUUUAUAAAAACAUUCAGUGAGCUGCAGGGCGUGGCUGAUCGGGAUAUUGUCUUGGAAGUAAUGCCUGGAACAAUCGUGUAUGUGUUAGAAGUAAUGGAAAGCUCUUUCAGAAUCACUGGCAACACGAGCUUCACAUGCAAUGAAGAGUCCCACCUGUUUUCAAUUGACUUCAUAUCCCUCCUUUAUGAAAGGUUCUCGUUCAGUUUGGCAAUUACAGCAAUACAGUGCGCUGUACUGGAACUGAUGUAACUAUACCAUGUGAAAAUGGGAUUAAAACCAUCCAUCUUCUAA